UGCACGGCAUGUGCUACGAGUCAGUGCUAUUCUGCCUCCCUCUCUCUGGCGUUCAUUUUCUCUUGUUUCUCACAGGCAAGCGUCCAGCCGGAGGUGGCCGGGCCGAGGAGCCUCAGCCGCUCCCAUCUCCCGACCCCCUCGCCGGGUUUCUUGGGUAUCCGGAGGACCUCCUGUCCGGCGUCGGAGAUAUCCUCCGCCGCCGCUCUCUCCGGCGGCCAUGGGCUUUCCCCCCUCUCCCUUUUGUCCUCUUCUCCUUCGUCCCGAAGGAGCGCCCGCUACGCCACCUCAGCUCGUGCCGAGUUGAAGGAAGCUGAAUUGCAGCCUAAGGUCACCAACAAAGUAUUCUUUGACAUUAGCAUUGGGAACCCUGUGGGAAAGCUUGUCGGAAGGAUUGUGAUAGGGCUGUAUGAGGAUGAUGUGCCCCAAACAGCUGAAAACUUUCGGGCUCUUUGUACAGGGGAGAAAGGUUUUGGCUACAGGGGAUCGACAUUUCAUCGUAUCAUCAAAGAUUUCAUGAUCCAAGGGGGAGAUUUCGAGAAGGGAAAUGACCUGGAGUGGUUAGCAUGGCAAAUGCCGGGCCCAACACCAACGGAAGCCAGUUCUUCAUUUGCACUGUCAAGACACCUUGGUUGGACCAGAGGCAUGUUGUGUUUGGACAGGUACUCGAGGGGAUGGAUGUAGCGAGCGUGAUCGAGUCACAAGAGGCUGACCGGGGGGACCGGCCAAAAAAUAAAGCGGUCAUCAGUGAAUGUGGUGAGCUUCCAAUGGUCUGAGCAAGGCUUGAGUACAGGACCUACCCACCUUUCUUUAUUCAAGCGGGGCACCAUCCUAUGAUCCUCCAAUUUUUUUCUAGAUUCAAAUCUCAUCCGCUAAGCAUGUCAUUCCAAAAGAUUCAGUGGCCUCAUGCGAACUAGCAUUGGUAUUUCCAAAAUGCAAAUACUGUUGAUUUUAAGCUGAGCAUAGUUGGAAGUGAUGAUCCACUUGCUGCCUGCUGUUGGGAUACUGUGCAAUCUUUUGGAAUUGCAAAUCAAAUAUGAAAUUUGAUUUUGUUGCUAUAGUUCUGUUGUUGACUGGUGGAAGUUCCACGCAUGGAUGAGGACAGAAGCUGGUGAGCUGGUGUCAUUCGUCAUCAGAACCCAAGACCCCCACAGAAUAUUGCGGUUCAAAUUCUUGAAGUGAAGCUGAUGAGGGGAUUUGGAUCCAUGUAAAUACGGUUACUGAUGUUGGAGGUCAGCUGAUUUUAAGUUUGAUGAAUCGUAAGCAUUUCACAGCAGUAAAAUAGUAAAUUGUUCCUGAUACAGGAUUGCAUUUUUUGCCCGGUUAUAUCGUAUCGUUUGGACUAUGACUAUUCUUAUUGAACAUCAUUGGAAUGCUCAAAGAUUUCUCAAAGUAUCUCUCUGGAGAUGGGACAAAUAUCCUAUCGCAGGCUGGAGCCAAACCAACCAAACUAUGUUUCCUCCAGGCUUCAGUAGUUGGACUGAAUAUUGAAUUUGGAGUAAUCACAUUGAACAUGCGUUGUGCUGUCGAGGCUCUGAUUGGUUUAUGAAUAGAAGCCGUUUGUUUAGGGCUGUUUGGUUCGCCUUUUGCUUUCUUCUUCUUUUUUUCUUUUUUUUUUUCAGAAAUCCAAGAAUAUUGAACUUGAUUGAAUAUUCAUACAUAAUGAAACCCUCUUAUCUUAAAAUUA